AGAGAUCAAAUCAAAAAUUGAUCUUCAACAUUCUUCUUUUAUUUUGAUUCCAAGUGUUUUUGUAUUGUGUUGAUGAUUGAAAUGUGAAAGCAUGGGGAUGAGUGUUUAGCCAUGUGAAAAUCUAGGUGUACAGGCAUGGGAUGAUAAUUCUUCAUGACAAUCAUUCUUUCUUCUUGCUUUUCUAUUUAAUUACCCUCUUCUUAGCCUUUUCUGCCAGUUAAAAGUUGGAUACAUUACUUUUUUUCUACUCCCAAUAUUUAAAUCAUUGGAGGCUUCUUUGUUUGUGGAGUAUAUAUAUAGAUCAACUUCUGUGUGAAGUCUGCAGGAUAUCCAUCCACUUAUUACUUAACUCAUCUGGUUAUUCCUGCAAUCAAAGGCAAAAGCAUCAAUAUCCUACUUCUUUCCAAGAAACACUCAUCAUGGAAGAAGAAAACAAGCCACAAUCUCCUCUUAUACCACCACUCCCUAGAGAUCCAAGAGGUUCAUUAGAAGUAUUCAACCCUUCAACGUUCUCUAACAAUUCCCGCCCAACAAAUCCAGUUUAUCGAUCACAGCCUUCAUGGAAAGCCUGGUCUUCCAACGAUCCAAUUACUACAUCAACAAUACCAGAAACACAUGAAUCAGAGGAAGUAUUGAAACCUCCCAAAACUAACAAUGACGAAGUUGCUCCAAUCACGACUUCAUGGAUGGCAAUUGCUCCAAUGUCUACUACGCAAAUUGAUGCUUCUUCGAUAAGUCGGAAGAAGGAAGUAGCAUCUGCUAAUGAUAUUGAUGGAAAUGAUGCUGCUGCUCAGAGAGCGGCGGAGUGGGGACUGGUGUUGAAAACUGAUGAUGAGACGGGGAAAUUGCAAGGAGUUAAAGUUAGGACUUCUGGUGAUGAUCAAAAUGGUGGUAAAACAGAGAGUUCCAGAAGGAAUUCUGGCAAUUCUUAUAGGAGUUCUGGUGAAUUUUCUGAUGAUGGUGCUGGUAAAGAGAGGGGAAUUCCAAGAGUUUCAGAGGAUUUAAGAGAUGCUUUAUCAACAUUUCAACAAACAUUUGUGGUGUCGGAUGCAACCAAACCCGAUUACCCAAUUUUGUAUGCAAGUGCUGGAUUUUUCAAGAUGACUGGUUAUACAUCAAAGGAGGUUAUAGGCAGGAACUGUCGAUUCAUGCAGGGUGCGGGUACGGAUCCAGAGGAUGUGGCCAAGAUCCGAGAAGCAUUGGAAUCGGGUUCAACUUACUGUGGAAGAUUACUGAAUUAUAAAAAGGAUGGGACCCCCUUUUGGAAUCUCCUCACUAUUGCACCAAUCAAAGAUGACGCUGGCAAAGUCCUCAAAUUCAUUGGAAUGCAAGUGGAGGUAAGCAAGCACACAGAAGGCUCCAAGGAAAAGACUGUUAGGCCCAACGGGCUUCCCGAAUCAUUGAUACGCUAUGAUGUACGUCAAAAGGAGAUGGCUGGUAAUUCAGUGAAUGAGCUAUUGGAAGAAAUAAAAAAGCCAAGAAGGGCAAGAGCUCUUAGUGAAUCAACAAAUAAUAGACCAACUUCCAUGAGAAAAUCAGAAGGAGAUCAAAUUGAACAAGACAAACAGGAUAUUGGCAUCACUACUCAUAAGUUAAAUUUAGUGAACAAAGCACCAGCAAGAAGACAUUCACAUGCUGGUACAAGGACAACCACCAUGCAGAUGGAAAAAAUUAAUGAAGUCCCUGAAAAGAAACCUAAAAAAGCUCCUCGUCUAUCUUUCAUGGGGAUUAUGAAGAAAAACCGUUCUAGUACUACUAGGGCUAAUGAGGAUGAUGAUUUUGAGGCAAGGAUGACUAUGGAUAACGAUGAUAACGACGACGAAGAUGAUGACAGUGACAACGAUGGACGUCCAGUUAGUGUUGAUGACAAAGUGAGGAAGAAGGAAAUGAGGAAAGGUAUUGAUUUAGCUACCACACUUGAACGUAUUGAGAAGAACUUUGUCAUUACUGAUCCAAGGCUACCUGAUAAUCCCAUCAUAUUUGCAUCGGAUAGUUUCUUGGAGCUGACGGAGUACAGCCGUGAAGAAAUCCUGGGAAGAAACUGCAGGUUUCUUCAAGGCCCUGAAACUGAUCCAGCAACUGUGAAGAAAAUCAGACAGGCAAUUGAUAAUCAAACUGAUGUCACUGUCCAGCUCAUUAACUACACUAAGACUGGCAAAAAGUUCUGGAAUUUGUUCCACCUGCAGCCUAUGCGUGAUCAAAAGGGUGAGGUACAAUACUUCAUUGGAGUGCAACUAGAUGGAAGUCAGCAUGUGGAGCCACUACAGAACAGUAUCCCUGAAGACAAGGCAACAGAAAGUGCAAAACUGGUGAAAGAAACUGCUGUAAAUGUUGAUGAAGCAGUUCGAGAGCUUCCAGAUGCCAAUUCAAAACCAGAGGAUUUGUGGAGAAAUCAUUCAAAAGUUGUUCAGCCAAAGCCUCACAGAAAGGACAGUCCAUCUUGGAAAGCAAUACAAAAGAUUCUGGAGAGUGGAGAACCAAUAGGCUUGAAGCAUUUUAAGCCAAUUAAGCCACUGGGAUCUGGUGAUACUGGCAGUGUGCAUUUGGUGGAGCUUUGUGGAACUGGCCAGCAUUUUGCUAUGAAGGCAAUGGAUAAGACUAUAAUGCUUAACCGAAACAAGGUGCAUAGAGCUUGUGCCGAACGAGAAAUCCUAGAUCUGUUGGACCAUCCUUUUCUUCCGGCACUUUAUGCAUCUUUUCAGACCAAAACCCAUAUCUGUCUAAUAACUGAUUACUACCCUGGAGGAGAGCUUUUCAUGCUUCUAGACAGACAACCGACGAAGGUGUUGAAGGAAGAUGCUGCAAGGUUCUAUGUCGCUGAAGUAGUGGUGGCAUUGGAGUACCUUCAUUGUCAAGGUAUAAUUUAUAGGGAUCUGAAGCCUGAAAACGUCUUGCUACAGAGUGGUGGGCAUGUAUCUUUGACGGACUUUGAUCUUUCGUGUUUGACAUCUUGCAAGCCACAGCUUUUGGUUCCAGAAAUCAACGAAAAGAAAAAGCAUCAAAAAGGUCAACAGAGUCCGAUCUUCAUGGCUGAACCUAUGCGUGCAUCAAAUUCUUUUGUCGGAACUGAAGAAUACAUAGCUCCGGAAAUCAUAACUGGUGCAGGGCACACUAGUGCAGUGGAUUGGUGGGCUCUUGGCAUUCUUUUGUAUGAAAUGCUUUACGGUUAUACACCAUUCAGGGGAAAGACGAGGCAAAAGACAUUCACGAAUAUACUACACAAGGAUCUAAAAUUCCCCAGAAGCAUACAGGCUAGUCUCCAAGCAAAGCAGUUAAUGUAUAGAUUGUUACACAGAGAUCCCAAAAAUAGGUUAGGAUCCCGUGAAGGAGCAAAUGAGAUCAAGCAGCAUCCAUUCUUCCGGGGUGUGAAUUGGGCAUUAGUUCGUUGCAUGAACCCUCCCAAACUAGAUUCUGUUACUCUUUUGGGAACUGAAGAUGAGAAAGAAGCAAAAGACAUCAACCCUGAGAUGGAGGAUUUACAAACAAAUGUUUUCUAAAAGAAAUGAUAGUAUUAUCUCCCAAUCAAGUCAAGUGGAUGGAGUGGAGAAAAGUGGUCCUAAGAUCCUGCUUGCAACAGUUCAUUUGUUUAUUUUUGUAUAGAAAUGAUGGUUUUCAUUUGCUUUUUUUCUUUUUAUGGUUCUUGAUAUUUGUGUUUUCUUUUUGUAUGCAUAGUUGGGUUGUUUUGUAAUCCCAGUUUCAUGAAUUGUUCAGUUGAUGUUGAGAUAAAUUAAUCUGUUAAGUCUUAGUGUUCUUAAUUUUAACUCACUUUUCAUUCCA